AUGAGCGGUCUCGACAGUCUAUUACGCCGACAACCACCCUCAGCUUGGGAGCGCUUCUGUUCUUCACCAUCACUUUUUAUCGCCCGAACUCUCUAUAGUAACGUCUGUCUCCCACUCUCUGAGCCUGAGGCCACAACUGUCACCAGCACCAACUCUCGAGGAAAACCUUCACUCAUACGCAUCGUCUGUAUCUCCGAUACACACAGCACACAUUCCAGUCAACCCGCUCUUCCAGAUGGUGACAUCCUGAUCCAUGCCGGCGACCUCACACAUUCCGGAACUCCAACCGAGCUCUCUGACGCACUCUCCUGGCUGAGUGCCCAACCGCACGCGCACAAGAUCGUCAUCGCAGGAAACCACGACACGGCACUGGCUGACCCAAUACAGCGUACAUCUCUUCUACGAGAGCAUGCCAGUGAUAGUGAUAGUCUAGUGUACCUCGAGGACGAAGAUGUUACGCUCCUCGUCCGUGGUCGUUCGGUGCGUGUUUAUGGUAGUCCACGUACGCCCAGACAUGGUUCUUGGGCAUUCCAAUACCCUCGCGUACGACCCGGCGGCCAUUCAACCCAGUCUCAAUCUGAAUUUGACUUGGAUGUUUGGGGAAAUAUCCCGACGUUGACGGAUGUGCUCGUCACGCACGGACCGCCCUUCUCUCAUCUCGACCUCAACGGAGCCGGCUGUCAUGCACUCCUCGCUGCUCUCUGGCGCAUACGACCUCGUCUGCAUGUAUUUGGACAUAUACAUGGUGCGCGGGGUGUCGAGCAUGUAAGAUGGAGUAGGGCGCAGAAGGCGUAUGAAGACGUGUGCGCUGGUCAGAGCGCAUGGGGAGGACUCGUGCGUCUGGUAUUCUGGUCGGUUGUAGAGAGGUUUAAUUUGUUGUGGAAAACGAUGGGAGACAGAGGGAGGGAGGAAGGGACGAUCAUGGUUAAUGCGGCGGUUGGUGGCGUACGAGACGAGCAGAGAAGGGGUGCAAUCGUGGUGCAGAUUUAGUGGUCCAGUGAUUUGCGUUGCGUUGGUACGAUAUUUUUGUGUGUGUCUCUCAUUUUAUU